GUCGCGCGCAUCGGCGGGUCCGGUUUUGGUCACAUCACUUCAGGAGUUUCUCUCGCGCGUUACUCUUGAUCAUGGCGCCUCCUGACACCGGUUCCGCUCGGUUCCCGUGAUGCCCGUGAUGAUGAUGAUGGUGACGGAUGAAAGAUGGAGAAACUAUCCGCGAGCAUUACCGGACUCUCGUGGAGCUCCGUGUCGCUGCCGCUGGACGUGAUCGUGAGCAAAUUCCGCUUACCGACACUCGUGCGGCUGAGCAACGGUGAGAAUGUAGAAGGUUUGUCAGAGGAGGACGUGAUUCUGCUUCACUCCUGCAGACAGUGGACCACCGUCACUGCCCACAGCCUGGAGGAGGGCCAUUACGUGAUCGGACCCAAAAUAGACAUCCCAUUACAGUAUCAAGGGAAGUUUAAGUUAUUGGAUCAGGAUCGGGAUGUCCGUGAGCCGGUUCAGUAUUUCGGAAGCGUGGAGGAAAUCGCAGGAGUGUUUCCUGAUCGCGUGUUCGUCAUGGAACCCAUCACAUUUAGUGUUAAGGUGGUUUCCGGGGAGUUCACAGAGGACAGCGAGUUGUAUAAUUUCUCUCUGCAGGCGGGAGAUGAACUGACUCUUAUGGGCCAAGCAGAACUGCUCUGCGUCCAAUCAACUCGCGAGAAAUCCCGCCUCACGGCGCUACUGCGCCGCCUGGGCAAAGCAGGAGGAGCACUGGGACGUCCAGCACGCACGAAGAUGCCUUGUUUAAUAUGCAUGAACCAUCGAACCAAUGAGAGCGUUAGUUUGCCAUUCCAAUGUCGUGGUCGGUUCUGCACGCGCUCACUGCAGGAGCUUCAGAUGCAGGGAGGCGAACACACCGUACGCAGCAUUAUUGAACGCGUGCGGCUACCGGUGAACGUUUCUGUUCCGUCACGACCUCCACGAAAUCCGUACGACCUGCACGCCAUCCGCGAGGGUCAUCGAUAUAAACUUCUUAGCAUCAUCAGCAAAACUGUUGUUCUCUGCUGCAUACUUCGCAAAGAGGAAGUGAUGCCUUCUCACUUCCUGUUAUUAACGGACAUGCCACGGUUUACACUUCCAGAGGGUCUUUUGCGCGCUGAUGCUCCCUACCAGCAGGUGGUGCUACAGUGCGCACUGCGCUGCCAAGAAAGCUUCGAUGCGGACGAUUAUUCGCGUGCCGUACGUGAAGUCAAAACUGAUUUCUCAGAGGAAUGUCUCAGUCCGAGGCGAAUUCGGGUGUGUGUUCAGGGCUACGGGCGUGACGAGUUGGGGACAUCCCUGCAAAGACUGUCUCUGUGUGUGUACGGAGGCGGAGCGGUCACGCACACACACACAAUCUCACACGGCUGCAGAGACUCACUCGUCGACUCGCACACGCUGCCCUCUAGUGACGGCGAUGGGGAAGAGCGAGAGUACGUCACGCCUGAUUGGUCGACAGAGUCGCAGGAGAUUCCAUACGAGGAGCUCUGGACCAAUCAGACUUCUGGAAGUUUUGGAGUGACAUCUGAGAGCGCAGUGAAGGCGGAGCAUAACCUCAUAUCAUUUCAUUCCACUACUACGUCAUUGGAUGGAACGGUAGGCUCCACCCACAUCGCUAUGGUGCAGAUGGAUGCAGGAAGAGUGCCAAGGGUGUCGACCCCACCCCCUGUCCCACCAAAAUCUGAAGCUGUGAAAGAGGAGUGUCGCUUCUUAAAUGCUCCUCCAGUCCCGCCCCGCUGUGCUAAAGGCCCCACCCCCAGCCCUCCAGUCCCCGCCCGCUUCCCUAAAACUCCUCCCACACAGACGCUCAACCCAAAUCUCUCCUUCUAUUCCUCUGGACUGACAGAGAGCUCUGCUCCUCGUAGUGGCAGCAGCUCUCCAUCGCCAGAUUCUUACUCUCUGUACUGUUACCCAUGCACCUGGGCUGACUGCGUAACCUCUGACACCUGCGUGACCCCUGACUCAACCCAGCCCGCACAGGCCUGUUGGUCCCACCCACGAGGAGGUGGAGCCUACACCUCCAACAUCCUCAACACACCUUUACUCAGCACUGACUCCACCCAAAAGAACUACUCCACUUGCCCAAGACCACGACCAGUGGCACAAAACCGCUUCGCUCCUUUCGGCGCCCUAAACCCCUUCGCCAAUCCAGGACACACCCACGCCUCCUCUGAUUGGCUCACCACUGGUAGGGACUCUCCUACUCUAAUACCUGACCUCAUAAGCUCCACACCCAAGGAGACUCAAGCCAAUCAGGGAGCUUUAAAAAGCAGUCCUGAACCUCUUUUAAAACCGGUUAAAAGUUCAGAAGACACAGUCACUAUAGACACCGCCUCUGGAUUGGUUGCCAUGGAAAGAGGGGCUGAGGGCGGGGCCGGGUCACCAUGGCGACCCCCCGCAGAGCUCUGCUGGCUCUCAGUGGAAGAGGUUUCAUCCAGUCUGCGGUUUAUCGGCCUUUCGGACGACGUGAUUGGUCUGUUCAGCCGAGAGAGGAUUGAUGGCUCUAUAUUUACUCAGCUGACAGAGGAAAUCCUGUCGGAGGACUUCAAACUCACUAAACUACAGGUCAAAAAAAUCAUGCAGUUCAUUAAGGGAUGGAGGCCCAAGAUAUGAGAGCAGCAUCUUUGUGAUUUUAUAGACAUUUUAAUUGCAAUGGACUUGCAAUGUACGGAAGUCCUUUGAGGUCAUGCGUUGUCAUAAUUAGGGGUGUAAUGGCACAUCGAAGUCAUGAUUUGGAGCGAACCUCGAUUUUGGGGUCAGUUUGGUACAGGGAUGGUACAACAAAAAUAAUAACAAACUUGCACAUGAUUGGCUCUCAGUAAUGUCAGUUCUGCAGCAGUGGACCAAUUAGAAGAAGGCAGGGUAAGAGUUGCUAGAGCAGAACUAUUUCUCAAUGCUACAUCUCUUGUUUUCAGACGCAAAUACACAUUCUUUGUGAAUGGAUGCUAAGUUAUUGCACUGUGUUUUUUUCUUUUUAACUCCAGUGACUGGCUCAUCUAGACUGAGUGUAUUCAUCGUGUGUGCGUAUGAACCGAACCAUCACCAUACUGUGACGGUUUAGGAUGAAUACAUAUACUGUACUGUUACACCCCUAGUAAUUUUUUUUUCUUGUAUUCUCUUAAUUUUCUAGUGAUCUCAAAAUUUCAAAAGUUGUUUUCUCCUGAUCACAACUUAAUUUUCUCUCUAUCUCGACACAACACAAGUUGUUUUCUUGAGUUAACAGCUUAUUUUUUUCUACUUAUUCUGAAGUCUCUUAUUUGACACUGGGCUUAGGCGAUAUCCAAAUUUUGAUACUGUCGAACCUCCUCCGUAUUUUACCUCUGUAUACGGUAUUAUCGUAUUAAUAAAAUUAUGAUGUUAGGCUCAGACAGCGUCACCAAACUGUUGGCUUGAGCCGAAACCAUUCAAAAACUGAAUACCAAACACUAAUACUGAAAUAAUAACGAAUGACAUGCACAACAAUAUUAACAACUUUUAUUAGCAAUAAAUAGCAGUUUAUAAAAAAGUGCAAAUACAACAGUCAAACAGAAUUAAAUUAACAUAAACAUCCAGAACAGUUUUCAUGCAGAGACGCUAACACAAAUUCAAUUAGUUCAAUUUUGCUAUGUCUUUAAAGGACUGUUUUCCACUGUGAGGAAAGAGACCAUUUCCCUCGCCAAGUAUUUUGUCACUGCAUCAGUACAGGUUUUCCAACGGACACUGUCCCUUUUGUACUUUGUUGUUUUCCCAAAGACCCCUAUUAUCAUCGGCUGCGUACUGGCGGUGAACCUGGAUGUUGCUGGUCCUGUAUCGGGAGGCAUUGAAACUGUUGCACUGAGUGAACUCAGGUCCAUCCUCACAGCAGUUAGUGCAUGGUAGUUUUGUAUAUGAAACCUUAGGUUUAAGGUAUUUCCAUCUCUUGUAGUUACCUUUUUGUUGCACAAUUUGCAAAUUGUCUCGUUCGUAUGUACAACCUCUCCUUUCUCAUUUGAUCAAAACCCGAAAUACGGCCAAACUGCAGAAAUUGUGUUCUUUUUCAAGACCAGGGGCCUCAUGUACGAAGACUUGCGUGGAAAUCUUACUAAAACAUUGCGUACGCACAAAGCUGUAAAUGUGCGUCGCAGUGG